UAAUUCAACACACCCCUUUUAAACUGAUAUUUUCCUACGUACUUUGAAGCAGUGAUUUUUAAUUUUUCAAGUAAAUCUUAUAAAAAAGUCCAAUAAUGGACUUACAGCAACUUGAGGAAGAAGCGCGUCAAGCAGCGCUAAAAGAAAUAAAGAAUAUGCUGCAACGUCCAGGUCAACUAGAAAAAGUGGAUCAAUUUCGUCAUCGUGUUGCACGAAAAAAAGCUUCAGUAGAGGCUUUACUGAAAACGGGUAUGCAAAAUCAACUGGAUGGUGUGCGAGUGGGUUUAAAACAAUUAGAAACAUGUCUGCAGGAUGUUAAAGAAGUUCGUCAGCGUAUGCAAGAGGUGGAUCGUUUGUUGGAGGGAGUACCCGAUAUAUAUGAUGCACUGGAGGUAGUACGCGAAGAGAAUACGAAACAUUCACAGUAUGCUACGGCAAUGGAAAAUCUUAAGCACAUAUUCAAUGUCGAAGCAAGUGUUUCAAAAACAAUGAAUCUCAUUGAUGAGGAUAAGUUAUUAAAUGCACACCAGUGUCUCGCCGAUUUGGAAAAUUCCCGUGAUGAUUUGUUAUAUGAAUUGCAUAAACAACCCAAACAACAUGCUUCCGAUAAAAUCACGCUAAAACGACAUUUUGAGACAGUGGAUAACGUCUCGCAGGCGCUUGAAAAAAAAUUACGUCUCAUACUAAGUCGAACGUUAAAUACAGUUCGCAAGGAACCUACUGUUAUAGUAACUGCCUUGCGUAUAAUCGAACGAGAGGAGAAGAAUGAUCAAUUCGCUUUGCAACAACAGAAAGUUACAGGUUUCUUACCGCCCGGCCGACCAAAGAAAUGGCGUGCCAUGGCAUUGAAUAUAUUGCAGGAAGCUGUAGUUACACGUAUAGAAGGUUCAAAAUUGGAGGAGCGUGCUGAUAAUAAAAUGUGGCUGGUACGCGAUCUCGAAAUUUUACGUCAAAUAAUUUUGGAGGAUUUAAGAGUUGUAAAAUCAUUAUGCGUACCCUGUUUUCCACCACAUUACAAUAUCUUCAACGAAUAUGUGAAAAUGUACCACGAAGGGCUCUCCUCUUAUCUCGAUAAUAUUGCGAAAUCUGGCCUCGAAGGUAAUGAGUAUGUAUCAAUGCUCUCGUGGGUAAUGAAUACGUAUCCCGGUGUGGAACUGAUGUCACAUCCUGACCUUAGAGUCGACAUACAACAAGUUGUUGGACCUUUAUUACGUCCUGAACAUCUGAAAUCUCUGGAAGAUGAGUACUUGCGUAAUAUGCAAAGAAACUAUCAAGAAUGGAUGACCAAAACGGCGGACACAGAAAAACAAGAGUGGUUUUCCGAUCAACCGCCUGAACAGGAGCAAUACUAUCAUACGUCAGCGCCAGUUAUUAUCUUCCAAAUGAUCGAUCAACAUUUACAAGUGACUAACACAAUACACUCCGAAUUAACAUUUAAGGCAUUGGUGAUGAGUAUUCAGCAAGUGGAGGUUUUCGGACAGUCCUAUUUAAAAAAUGUUAUCGAAUUGAAGGAACAUCAUUUCCGUAACCGUGAUCAAAUCAAGUAUUUCACACACUAUAUAAUAACGAUUGUUAAUAAUAGCCAACAGAUGGUUGAGUUGGCACAGCAAAUGAAGCAGUUGUACUGGCCUAAAUCUCGUACCGAACAUUAUGAAGAUUUUGAAAAAUUAUUAACUACAUUCCAGCGUAUUCGGGCACAUGCCACCAAUUAUUUACUCGAAGAAGCUUUCCUCGAUAUGGAAUGCCACUUCAAUGAUUUGUUCACUUUGAAAUGGCUGGGGUCCACAAUUUCCGUGGAUACCAUAUGCGUAACGUUAUUGGAUUAUUUCCAGGAUUAUAAACACUUGCGUCCUAUUAACUUUGAAAUGGUAAUUAAUGAGGCACAAAAACUACUUGCAAAACGUUAUAUACGUGCCUUACUAUCUAAACGUUUAUCGAAAUCCAAAAGCGAAUGUGAAGCAAUCACAACGAAAAUCAAACAGGAGGCAAAACGUUUUAAGCAAUGCUUUGAGAAGAUCGCACCAAAUUUAGCCAUGAGUGAUAGUCCAUUAGAUUUGAUUUCAACACUCUCAGAAUUACUAUCUGCUGAUAUUGAAUUACUUGUGCUGGAUCUACAUACACUUCUGGGCAAUUAUCCUUCCUUCAGUGAAGAUCAUAUUGUGCGUUUGUUCUAUUUGCGUAACGAUGUAAAGGCCAGUGAAGUACGCGAAAAGAUACAAGAUGCUACAAAAUCGAAGAAGGCGAUGGUGAGCAUAGCGAAACAAGAUUGCAUAUUCAAGGAGAUUGUUUUCAAUGAUAAAUUGUGGUAAACUAUUAUAUUUUAUUUAUAAUAUACAAAUAUGCAUACUAUUUAAUAUGCAAGCACGUAGAUAAUAAAAUUAUAAUAAAGUAUUAAAUUCAUCUUUCGUAGACAUCUGGUUUUAUUUUGACAUUUGCUCAUUGUUAGAUAAGGCUCUGAAUAUUUGUCUUGUUCUCAUUUAAUUUAAUUCUAAAUAAUUUUCAUUAACAUCAAAAGAUACCAAAACCCUACUAUUUUGAGGCAUCGACAAUUCCUCAAUUUUGAUUUGCUAGAUUUUCGUAAUGCCCGUCGGGUGGCAACGUUUUGUAUUUUAUGAAGAAAAUUAUGAAGUGUGAGGUUUUCGUAGUCUUGCUGGAUGAGACAAGGAAAUUGUCGUGAAUAGGAAAAGUGAACUUAUUUUUAAUUGCGAAGAAAUCACUAUCAAUAGUGGAAACGACCGAUUUGAAUAAUUUGUUAAAUAAUUUACGAAGUGUAUGUACCUUUUGGCUGAAGGGAUAUAAUAUAUAAAAUAUAUGUGAGCUCAAUUUUGUGAAAUUAUUACGUGUGUUGCGAGGUAUUAGUGUACGUGAAAAAAUGUGUUAAGCGAAGAAGAGGGAAAAGGCAACAAUACAUUUUGUACAUUAAUAAUAGUUUAUUUGCUGAUAUUAAUGGGAGAAGACAUUAUAAAUGCGUGUUGUGACGUAUAAAUGAGUUUUUUUUGGCCCCUUAAUAUGAGGGGCCAAAGUUAAAGGUGAAAGCAAUGAAGAAAUUUGAGGCUCCUUAACGAAUAUAUCCGCUAAUCAGCAAAUAAGGAAAAAAAAUUAAAGAAGAGACAAAGCAACGAGAUAAAAUAAGUAAAAAUAAGAACAACAACAACAACAGAAGGUGAUUAAUCGUGCUGCUUGUAGUGCCUGUUCAGUGUGAAACAAUUACAAAUUGUCAAAGUGCUGCCAGGCAGGCAUACUUUUUUAAUUUUUAACACAAAUAAACUAGAAAAAUUUGAAACUUGAUAAAUCAAAAACAAAAUAAAAACAAACCUACGAACGACGACCAUCAUAGACCAAUUCUGCUGCGCAAUUUCAAAAU